AAAAUGUCGUCGUUCAAUAACAACACUACCACACCACUUUCUCAACAUGUAGUGGACGAAACUCAACUAAACACUGCUUCAAUGAUGUUAACAGUAACACAAGCAUCAUCAAAUAAUCUCGCAAAACUCGACACCAAUGAUAAUUCCCCUUCUCCUGUAAAUAAUAACAAUAGCCAUUCGAAUAACAAUACGAAUCAUCAAUUAUUAGACGAAAGACAAAGUAAUCAUCACCAUGCUAGACACGGUUCAAAUAUUUCUGGAUUUUCCAAUCAAUCUAAUCAACACCACAAUCAUUCCCAACAAAAUUCUCAGAAUGUUAAUCCUAAACACUCUCCAGCACUUUCGCAUAAUGCUAUUCACAUAGACGAAACUUCAACUUUUACUAAUUCACCACUGGCAGACCUUCUUUCACAAAUGGAUAUUUAUAAUUGGGAAGAUUUCGUGAAGAAUAUGACACAUUACCAUCACGGUUCAAGAACUAAUAGUUUUCUGACAAAUGCCAGUUCGGCAACCCCAAGAGAUUUGACACCUAAUCAAAUGAAUGGACAUUUGGCACCUCCAGGAAGUACUGAAAAUCAAAAUUCAAAUACUCCAAGACCUGAAAUUCAUCUACCAACUGCCACGACAGGUUCAAUGUCAGAUGCUCCUAAAAUGACAAUUUCCAAACUGUCAAGAUAUUAUUCUAUUGUCUUGGUUGUCAGAAGAUAUGUCAGACAUGGUGGAUGUGGUUUCUGUAACAGACGUAUUGUUGAACUAGUCAAUUGGUUCAAGAGUUUAUUACAAAUUGGAAUUAUUCCAGUUGUUUUGCAUUCAGAAAGUGAAGAGGAAGGAAACGAUUUCUUCCAUCAUUUUAAAAAUCCAAAUAUUGCUCACAUUCCAAGAGUUUCAGAUCCAAAAUAUGAAAUUUCGUCUACUUUAUUGAAAAUGUCUGGAUCAACUCCGUUGGUUUUCAAGGAUUUGACAUUUAUGGAAGGAAUGAAAGUUUUUCCACAUUACAAAUCAGCUCUCAAGGAAGGAUAUUCUUUCCAAACUGACAAGACGAAGGAAUUUGAGGAAACUUCAAAAUUAUUAGUUCCAAAAAUGUUGCUUAUUAGAAAUAAUCAAGUUGUUCAUGUGUGGGAUCAUGGUUUUGGUGAGGGAGCUCCAGAUAUUCUCAGUACUGUUGUUUUGAAAUUGCCAUGGCUUGUCAUGACGACAAAUGACAUGAUGUCUGGAAGAACUGGAGGAGAUUUGACUGAUCUUCACACAAGAGGUUCGAUAUCUUCCAACAUUACUGAUAUGGAAAUGAGAAAUAAUUACCUAGGAAUUCCAACUAAUGUAACUCGUAAGAUUUCAAGUGGAGGUAAUUCUCCAGGAAGAAAGAUUUCGAAUACUUCAAGUAAUGGAGGACUUCAUGUUCCUCAUGGAAGCACCACCUCUCAGAAUCAUCAUUAUUUGGGAACAAGUGUGGAAAGUGUAUCAAAGAGAGCCAUUUCUGGUUCUCCAGCAGCUAAUGGAGGACAUUCACCAAAAGUUCAACAAGGAGGACAUUCAAUUCAAUAUUAUUUGGAUCAACUCUCUCACAAUCAACCUAAGAAUCCAGUGGUGGAUUCUACUGAUCAGGAACAAGAUGCAUUCGAUGUCAUUUCACCAACUGAGAAUGCUCCAGGAGGAGAUACCAAGCUCCUUCUCUCUCCAUCAAAGAAGGUUCAAUCAGCUGAGGAAUUGCAAAUUGAGGAUAUCAAGCCAGAAUUAGUGGAUAUUCCAGAUUUACCAAUUGGUAGACAUACACCUAGGUCUGUGGACUCAUCAUCUGAUGCUAAUAACAUGUUUGAUUUAUCAAAAUUGAAAUUCAAACUCACAUACUUUAGAAAAAUGGAGGGAACCCUCGAUUUUGAAAAAGUUGACCAAGAACAAUUGAGAGAAGAAGAAAAGACCAAAACACAACAAGCUAGGGAACUUCUCAAAAAGAAACAAAAGAGGAGUUUUUCAUGUUUUGCAAAACAGGCAGAACCAAUUGAGGAUUAUUCAAGUGAUGUGGCAGCAAUUAAAGUGAAUCUCCAAUCCAUUCUAGUUGACGAAGAAAAGAGAAAGUACUUCAAAAUAUUUGCCAUGAAGGAAUUCAAUGCUGAAAAUAUCUUCUUUUGGGAGGAUGUCAAUUUGAUUUACAAGAAACUCUUCUUGGAUCUUCAUAACGUCUCAACUUCCAAUGAGGAACUCAGAGAAAAAAUUCAGUCAACUGCCAAAUAUCUCACUGGAAAAUAUUUCUUGGACGAACUGAGUCUUUUCAUUUUGAAUACUUCCAAUAAUCUCAAACAUAAUGUUAUCAAUUCCACAAAAUCUAACGAUUUCUUCUCAACCGACGAUUGUAAAUUCCUCUACGAUGAUGUUCUCUUGGAAGUUAUGACAACUGUCUUACCUGACAUGUAUUAUAGAUUUAUUGCUUCACCUCAAUAUCAAAUCAUGUUGAAAGAUUUGAGAAGAAGUAGAUAAAUUGAUUAGAUCAUUAUCAAAUAAACACUUUAUUUU